CUGGCGCGUGUGACGCACCCGAUUGAGAGUUUUGGGGGCCUUCAUAUUCGUAUCCCAACACAAGUCCACCACUGCCCUCUUCCUCUCCCUCCCUCCCUACCCCAAAUUCUCUACCCCUGUUUCUCCGAUCUGCGUCUCUCUCUCCGAUGGCUGGGACUCCGGCGACGCCUCUGCUGAAAGAUGAACUGGACAUAGUGAUUCCGACGAUUCGGAACCUUGACUUCUUGGAGAUGUGGAGGCCGUUCCUCCAACCCUACCACCUUAUUAUUGUCCAAGACGGCGACCCUUCCAGGACCAUCAAGGUCCCCGACGGCUUUGACUACGAGCUCUACAACCGCAACGACAUCAACCGCAUUCUCGGUCCCAAGUCCUCCUGCAUCUCCUUCAAGGACUCCGCCUGCCGCUGCUUCGGCUACAUGAUCUCCAAGAAGAAGUACAUCUUCACCAUUGACGAUGACUGCUUCGUUGCUAAGGAUUUAUCUGGAAAGAGCAUUAAUGCACUUGAGCAGCACAUUAAGAACCUUCUGACACCAUCCACCCCAUUCUUCUUCAACACCCUGUACGAUCCAUUCCGAGAGGGUGCAGAUUUCGUCCGUGGGUACCCAUUUAGUCUCCGGGAGGGUGCCCCAACAGCUGUUUCUCACGGUCUUUGGCUCAACAUCCCGGAUUAUGAUGCACCUACCCAGCUUGUCAAGCCUCGUGAGAGAAAUACCAGGUACGUGGAUGCAGUUUUGACAGUACCAAAGGGAACCCUCUUUCCUAUGUGUGGUAUGAAUCUGGGUUUCAACCGAGACCUAAUUGGUCCUGCAAUGUACUUCGGGCUCAUGGGUGAUGGUCAGCCAAUUGGGCGCUAUGACGAUAUGUGGGCUGGUUGGUGCACCAAGGUGAUUUGUGACCAUUUAGGUUUGGGAGUGAAGACUGGUCUGCCCUACAUCUGGCACAGCAAAGCAAGCAACCCAUUCGUGAACCUCAAGAAAGAGUACAAGGGUAUCUACUGGCAAGAGGAGCUGAUCCCUUUCUUCCAGUCCAUUAAUCUUCCAAAGGACUGCACCACCGUUCAGAAAUGCUACAUUGAACUCUCCAAGAAAGUCAGGGAAAAACUUGGGAAGGUUGAUGAGUACUUCAUCAAACUGGCAGAUGCCAUGGUCACAUGGAUUGAAGCAUGGGAUGAGCUCAACCCAUCAGGAGGAAGUGCUGAACUACCCAAUGGUGCUGCAAAAUAGAAAAAAAAUUUUGUUUAGCAAGUUAAAAUAUCCUCCCUUGAUAGUAUUAGCAGUAGUAUUUUAAAUCUUUUUAGCCCUAGCUUUUUGGUUAGAGCUUGGAUUAUUUAUGUUUCAGUUCUGAGGCCACGAGUUUCUCAUUUAUUGUCUUACUGUACGAGUUCGGAACAAUAAAAGAUUAUGGAUUGAGUUUUCAUAUAGUA